UGCUGGUUUUACAACCCUAUGCCCGUAACGAUUUUAGGUCAAACUGGUGAAAAUUGGUGUGAAUUAACAAGAGAGGACCUGCUGGACUCUCUGAAUAAAAUGAUUACAAAAUGAAAAAUCUAGUAAAUUGGAAAAAAAACGGCGACUGUAUUGUAGACCCUUCGUCGUCGAAGUGAGUGGAUCACAACUCAGAAGUGAAUUAAUUGGUGUUUUUUGACAAGAAAGAUGGAAGGAGGAGAAGGAGAGGAUCCGCAGAAGUUGAAAAAAAUAGCAGCGGUGGCGUACGACUACGAUAACGACCCACGAUGGGCGGACUACUGGUCUAACAUCCUUAUUCCACCCAAUAUGGCCUCCCGCUCCGAUGUUGUCAACCACUUCAAGCAAAAGUUCUACCAGCGAUACAUUGAUCCUAAUUUGAUUGUCGAGCCAAUGAAUACUAACAGUACUUCUCAGCAAUCAAGGCCAUCAGUGCCACCAUCACAAUCUUCGUCAGCUUCUACACAGAAUAAUCACUCCCGCCCAAGGGAUUCUCGUAGCACAUCAGGGACAUCCGCGGCUCCACCACCAAAUUCCACGUCACUGCGUUGGGAUCGAGAAACCAUUCAAUUUUCUGUCCAUGCUUGGGUACUUGUUGUGGCGGUUCUUGCUAUCUUUCCUCUCGUGCCUAAGAAUCUGUCAAAUCACGCAUACCGGCUUUCCCUCAUGGGAACUGCAUGUUCUUCUCUGUAUUCUUUGUAUUCAAUAUAUGGGAAACCUAGAGCAUGGAACUUGCAGGCUUUGCAAGUUUGGUUUCAGUCGGUGGUGGUUACCAAAGAUUUUAUCUACUCCAUCUACUGCCUUACAUUUGUCUCUUCACAUCUGUGCCUCAAAUUUGCUCUAAUUCCCAUUUUGGGUAGGGCCCUUGAGCACGUUGCAAAGUUUCUGAGGCGCAACUUUAGCAGAUCUACUUUGUAUAGGAAAUACUUGGAAGAGGCUUGUGUUUGGGUUGAUUCAAACGCAACCCUUGGCAUUCUAUCCUCACAAGUGGAGAUUGGAGUUGGAUUCCUUCUGAUUUUCUCUCUCUUCUCGUGGCAGCGUAAUAUUAUACAGACAUUUAUGUACUGGCAGCUUUUAAAGCUUAUGUAUCAUGCUCCUGCAUCUGCUGCUUACCAUCAAAGUGCAUGGUCUAGGAUUGGUCGGACUGUAGACCCAUUUAUCCAACGCUAUGCUCCAUUCUUGAACUCUCCGAUCUCGGCCGUUCAAAGAUGGUGGUUUAGGUGAGUAAAAAGUUAGAGAGAAGGGGUCGGUGACGGGGUUAACAACAACAAAUGCUGUUAUUUCCCUCCGUGCCUUUGUAACUUGAGAUUGGAAAAGAGGAUACAUGUUUCAUAACUUUAGAUGUAUGGUUAAGCAGCCACUUGACUCGGUUUUAUACUGAUUACUUCUUGCUAAUGUUAAGAGGUGACUUUAAAGCAGUGUCUUUCACUUGGUUAUGAAGUUCUGUUUUACAUUUUCUAUAGUUUAUAGAAAUCUUUAUUUGUUUAACA